AGUCUAGACUGGCCAUGCGAGAAAAUUCCUCGCUCCGACUAUCCUUGGUUCUACAUUCGCAGUGUUGCCGCCGUUCGCCAACUCUACACGAGGAAGACUGAUAAAGAUGCACCGCCUCAAAGCUUCGUUAAACACCAACACCAUGCAAUCGGUAUUGGUUGCUUUCACGAAGCACACAGCUUCGGUAAAACUCGCAGGACGCGCUCAUCUCACCACUGCCUCGCUGUCAGCACCGCCGACCGCAAGGCCAUUCGGGUGCUCGGGAAGCUACGGAUUUUGGAACUAGACAAGAAUUUGGGCGGUCAUUAUAUGACGGCGCAGGAUCAACUCAAUCUUGACCGCAUUGCCUUGAUCGUUUUUGAG